UUUAUUUCCCCAGACCGCCCCCCCCCCCCAGAGUUCGCGGUUCGUCCUGCGCUUGUCUUUGUACACAACCUCCUCUGCGGCGCUCCUUUGGUCCGCAGGUGGAAGACCGUGGAACCAAUGCCAAUAUUGCCGCCGCCGCUCUUCUUCGGCAAAAGGACAUAAAGCCCCGGUGACGAAACGGAGCAAUUACGCCCCGGUCCCCGUUCUGCAAACGGGGGGGAAAUGGCAACCGAUAUGCCACAAUGGUGUGUCAUCCGCAGGCAUGCAUCCUAUGUUAUUACCCCUAACCGGCGCCGAACUCGCAGCGGUCGAGUUGGUCUCCUGUUUUGAUGAAAUGCCGCGCCCAGCAAGAAGCCUCGUCACGCAACUCUUGGGGGGUGGAAUAGUGCUCAUCCACUUCGCGCGGUGUUGGCAUCACGCCAGCGCGCCCAUCACUGCCCUUUUCUGCCCCGGCUCCGCGGAGGUGAUUGUCAGGCCACUAAUUAGCGAACCGUCGUCACCUGGGCAAAAAGGGCCAUUGGCCCCUGGCCUUGGAGGGCCGCGAAUUACAUUCUGUGUAGUCCUGAGCGGGUACAGGUAGAAUGCCAGAGCGCUUUAGUCAGCGGCCAGUGGAUUAAGCCAAUGAGAAGGCCAGGAUUCAG